AUGAGACAUGAUCCCCAAAGCAAGCUCAGGAAGAGGAUUGCUUGUAAAGAUCUUCCCACUGAAUCCAUCAGCAUUCUCCGGGAAUUUUACGGACUGUCAAUUGUCAGUACAUAUGUUGAUGAAGUUGAACGCGAAUCUACAACGAGAGAUUUGACUCGAAAGGACAUGGAAGAUAUUCAUACGCAUGUUCUGUAUAUGGAAGAAAGCUCCGAUGUGUGCUUAUAUGACAUCAUUUGCAGUCACGAGGCAAAAACUCAUGAAGUUGUCUCGUACUUCCUCGAGGGGCGGCCCAUUGCGCCGGCUCUUUCAGUUCGAAAGUUAAAAGAUACUUCCCAAGCAAACAUCAUCUGGCAAUUUAUCUGCUUGCACAACCUCAUGGAAAAAGAACAAAACGACCUGGUUAAACGUGGUGAGGAUAUUACUCCCCAAGCAAAUAUAGACAAGGGGAUUUGGAACACAGACAUAGAGAUGGGCGUUGGCACUGAGGGUAGCGAACAAUGUGGUCUAUGA